UUAUGGAUUCAUUAGCGAAUUACGCGAGUGACGGUGAAAAUAGUAAUAAUUCGGAAGAACCGAAGAUGCCAUACGAUGGACAAGGAAACAUAAGGAACAGAAGGGCUAGUGAUGCCAACUAUGACCAAGUACAAAUGGACAUGAGUGAGGUAUGAUUAAAAAAGAUGUCUCCAAACAUCUGUUUAAUUUUAAGUUCGAAACAUUUGGACUGGGAAGAUACAAUGAUGGCUAUAUAGGGACAGUAUGUGCGUGACAGGGUUUUAGGACUGAUACGCGAACAGUCUGGUAUUUGGUGUUAUGAGGUCACGUUGAACAACAUAGUCUAUGAACAGAAAUCAAUUUAUAAUAUAUUGAUUAAUACGUUUGAUAGUUUUGGGUUCUCUCAUUGUUAUUAAAUUUUUUUAUUUCUCCAUGUUCUGUUAAGUUUGAUUAGAUUCAGUUACCAUUUCAUAAGAAUGUCAUAAGACCUAACUUUCUUUUUACUUUAUUACGGAUUUAUACGUUUCAGUGUUAUCAAAAGUUACAAUUUGUAAGACGUGAUCUUAAAACCUUUUCGUUGAGAGGAAUGAUCAGACUAUAAUUGAUAUUUAAAAGUUUAAAUGAUAAGUAAAUGGGAAUAGUACCAUUUCGUGAGAAAAUAUUAACACGUAGCUCUGUUGGUAAUACAUGAUACAAUAUCUACGCACCUCGGCAAGGUCUAUGCUGUGUGAGGGUCUUUCAAGACUACCCCCAAGUCCUAUUCAGAAGACAGAGGAAAGCAACAACAAUAACUCUUCUGGAGAGUCUGGCAGUGAACGUGCUCAUAGUCCUGCGGCAAUGCCCUCAGCACUAGGUUCAAAAACAGACUCGUCUAGAAUUUCACCUUCUUCUUCAGACCAGAGGAGAUCCGAUAAUGAAAGCAAUACGGUAAAUACAAAGGAUGAGCAUAAAAGGAGUGACAGAUCUGACCGUAACAAGCAUACCAGUGAAAAAAAUCGUCGUUCAUCGUACGAUGAUAGAAGACAGCGUGGUGAUAGUAGUACUCAUAAUAAGGAUACUAAGGAAAAACGAAGUAAGGACGAUGAGAAAAAAUCACGCGACGAGGAUAAACGUAAAGAGAAAAGCGAUGAGAAAGAAAAGAAUGAGAAAGAUCAUCAUUAUCGUGAUGAUAGUCGAAGGGAUCGAACUCGUGACAGAAACGACAGAGAUAGACGCAGAGACAGAGAAAGAGAAAGAGAACGUCGUCAUUCUAGGGAUGAAAGAUCUAGGGAUCGACAUCGGGAAGAAAGAUCAAGUUAUCAUAAAGAAAAAGAUCGUACGAGAUCAAGGUCCAGGUCAAGGGAUCGUGCUCCACCACCCUUCAGAACAAUGAGCUAUAGAGAGGAAAAGGGAAGAAAUAAGUUGGCACAAUUAGAGAAAUUAGGAAUCGAAUUGAAAGCACCUGAAGGGGAUACUGUGGCUUUGGGAAUUCAGAGUGAGCAAAAUUAUUAUAAUCCAUUGACCACGGCUACUCAAGGAAAAUAUGCAGAACAAAUUCAAAAGAGGAAAUUACUAUGGGCUAAUAAGUCGAAACAAGAAGAAGGUAAAGGUACUUCUAAUACAGCUACUACAGUGAACACAUGGAUGGGUACAACAUUUACUCAUGAUCAAGAUGGAAAAGUGACUGCGAAAUUUAAGAGACUAAUGGGUAUAAAAGGAGAUUUACCAAACACACCAACUGCAGGUGCAAAGCCUGAUAUUUUGAAAAAACAGGAAGAAAUGUUUAAUAAUAUGGAACAACAAUAUGAAGUAGCUCGUGCUACUACGCACACUCAACGUGGCGUAGGAUUAGGAUAUACCACCGGUGGUUAUCAAUUUCCACGAUAAAUUAUUAUUAAUAUUAUUAUAAAAAUUAUUAUUAUUAAUAUUUACUUAAUGAAAGAAAUUGAAAUUCUCAGAAAAAAGGUGAAACACUAGAUAACUGUAUUAUAAUAUAGAGAUAUUUGUAAGUUAUCAAGACGAGAUUUAAAAAAAAAGAACUAGAGUUCUGUUCGAACUUGUGUCAUAAAAUUUUCGUAAAAACUUAUAUUGUAGUCUCAAAGAUAAAUAUAAGUUGUAUCAGUGCAUUCGUAAAGAGAUAAAAGUCUAAGCGCAUUACAAGAUUACUAAGUAGAAAUAUAUAAAAAAAUUUAUUAUUAAUAUUAUUAUUAUAAUUCUUUUCUUUUAACUUCUUUAUUAAAUAUGUACAGGAAAUACAGAUGUAAAAAGAAUAGCUUGUUCCAAGAAAUCGUUGAAACAAA